AUUCGAAGAGGAAAGAAGCCUGCGGCUGGCAGUCGCUGCGGCUCGCGUGCGGUAAAACAGGUGCACCAUAAGAAAGUGACCAAUGGCGGCAGGGUCGUGUCGCCGCGCGGUCCUCGUCGUACGUCAUCGCGCGAUGACGGUUGGGGUGGGGGGACCAGUAUAGGAAGGAAAAUACGAAGCCGCCGAGGGCUGUCAAGAAGACACCUCGCCCACAAAAAGCAGAUGCAGAUGCGACCGGACUGCGAACACGUGCGACGAUUUUUUUGCGACGGUCUCGCGUACCCGCGGGUGCAAUGUCCAAAAAAUUGUCGAAGAGCGAGGCCCUCGAGGAAAUAUCCAAGUGGACGAACGAUGACGUGUUGUGCCUGUUGCUAAAGUACGGCUUGGAGGAGUGUUGUGCAACGAUAGCGAAGCGGCAGAUUGGUGGGGAUGAGUUUCUGCACUUGACGGAAGGGAAGCUGGCUCUGUGGAAGAACGACCUCCAGCCCGCGACAAGAUGGAAGCUCUGGGUAUUCAUAGACGACCUGAGGAGAUCACCGCAAACGUUCGUCGAAGCGAAAUUCCUGGAGUCUCAAGUGAGCGAUAAUUUAAGCGACAAUGAGUCCUGGGACACGGACUUCGAGGACGACUACAACGAAGACAGCGUUGAGCCAGAAGUACCGAUGAGGCCACCGAAACUUCAUGAAAGCGACAAGACUUUCCCGCAGGAGGCUGCAGGGAAACCAAAUGACGGGGACACGGAUGGAAUUUCGAGGCAGGACGAAGAAAAGACUUACGCCAAUUGCAGCUCCAUUCAGGACACUUACGAAAACUUAGAGGACCACAGGGUCCUGCCGCCGAAGAAUGCGUCGAAGCUGCACGGCCCGGCGGAGAAAUCUCUCAGUGACCAACUAAAGGACCAACUAAAGGACAAACUGGGGCGGAUGUACACCAAGAAACCUGAAACGCGCUCGAAACCUGAAUCAGUGAAGGCGGGGAUCAUCGAGGCCAAGCAAUUGGGUCGCAACGAACCGCAGAAAUCAUUUUUGUACAGUGCCCCGGUAGUUCCUAGUCAGUUGCCAAAGAGGAUGGCUGUGCCGCCGCCGCCGAAGCCCAAAACGAACAAGGGCCCAGCUGUGAUCAUAGAGAGGCCUAAGAAGACACCUGCGAAGCCUCUGACGAUCUUAAAGAAUCUUGAUCUCGUCGCAAAUUUACCGGCGCAGACCGAAGGGAGCGAAGACGAGUACGAGGCCUUCGACGAACAAACAAAAGAUAUGGUCAGGGUUGACAGUAAGCAGUCGCUGGCAAGCCAUCUGAGCUCGGCGGAAAGCGUCUACAAACCGCCUAGCAGCGUGACAAGUUACGAAGAAGAGGAAUACACGUACGAAAUUUAUGAAUCGAUCACGGAGACGCCAGACGAUAAUAAUUAUUACCUGAGUCCUAUUCAAAGGACGCCUAGCGUGACGCCGCCGCCGCCAUUGCCAGCUAAACCGACGCAAUCGAUCAGCCCCUUGUCAACUUUAAAUCGGACGAACUUAGAACGAUCUCCUGAUAAGAAGUCAGCAACACUGCCUCAUUCGAACAGCAAUACCUCGUUGUCGUCGGAAAGAGCUACCAGACCGCUGCCACCACCCCCUGAGAGGCAUUCCUACGUUGAUAAACCUUGGUUCCAUAACGUUACCAGAGAACAGGCAACGGCUCUCAUCACGGAACAAAAUAAUUAUGGCAGCCCGCAAGACGGAUACUUCCUUCUAAGGCCAUCCUUCAAAAACGUGAACAACCCCUUGGCUCUGGUGCUUUGGUACAAAGAUAGAGUUUACAACGUUCCAGUCAGAAAAAGGCCAGACAAUAGAUUCGCUUUGGGUUCCGAGAAAGUGAACGAGCUGUCCUUCGCCAACGUGGAGGAAAUUGUGAUGUUCCACACGAGAAAGGAGCUAAUACUUCACAGCGACGGAGGAGAAUUGGGAAGUACAAAAUUGACCGAUACACCGCCGAAAUAAAUUUCACUAAAGGCCUUGUUCGAAUAGAGAAAAGAAACUCAGAAAGUUUCUAACACUUGAAACCAACUGGUGAACUAUGGCUAAAAAUUCUGAAAGAGUUUCAAAUUUACUCGUCACAGAAUGUUUGUAUAUCAACUCACGAAGUGCCUUUGCGCCAGCGAGAAUUCUAUGCACUACGUAGAAAAGAAAACUUAAUUUUGAUAUAGACGUAUUGUAAUGUGAUUGGAAAUAUUUACUAUAUCGAUAGAAAGGAUCUCUUAUAAAAUGGACUUGUAUAUUUUUAAUAAAGUACUAUACGAUUUUUAUAUUUUUGCUAUAGGUAGACUUAAAGAUUCAAAUCUUACAUACAUUAAACAAUGGACGUUGUUCUCUUAAGUAUUCGUCUUGUAAUAAACUUACGUCGAAACAUUAGAAGCGAUAUGUAAAUAAAAUUUGUGCUUAAUUUUUGUAAGUAAGUCAAUCAUUUAUACGAACGUCAAGAAUGUUUGUAUCGAUCUUCGGUCUGUUUUAUUAUGUUUUUACUUUAAGAAAUAUAAGUC